GAUUGUAACCGAAUUAUUAUGUAAAUAUAUAGACCGGAUCUCUCCCUCCUCUGUGUUUGUGUAUUGACAUUAAGGCAAAAACGAAAAAUCGAUAAUGAAACUAACAAACAACAAAUGCAUUGCCAAACUAUUGUAUCAUUAUGAAUCUAUUGAAUUAUCGUUAUAUUUUUAUCAAAAAUUUUGAUAAUUUUAUCUGGAUAUCCUCGUUAUCAUCUGAAAAAUGUCAAAAUUUCAUUAGGAAAUGGUCAUCAUCAUCAUCAUCAAAUCAUCGAGAUGACCACCAUCAUUUCAUCAAUUCAUUCAAUUGCUCAACUAGUCAAUUUAAUAAAUUUUCAUUACCAUAUCAGUCAUUAUUAUUAAAUAAUUACUAUCAAAGUGAUACAUCGAAAUCGAUGACAACAACAACCAAGAUAUUUGAUAAACGAUAUUUGCUGAAUCGAAUGCGGAUGAUGAUGAUAAUAGGAAAUCCUAAUUUCCUACGUGGAUUUUGUACAUUAUCAUCAACAUCGCCAUCAUCGUUAUCAUCAUCGCCAUCAACAUCGGAAACGAAAAUUGUAACAGGAAAAAAUUCUUUAUCAAAUCAACAACAACCAUUAACAAUUACAAUACGUUUAUCGAUAUCAUUUUCAAAUGGUUAUUUUUCAAUACGUUUUGCUCAACGUGAAUGUUUAUUUCAUUUUUGGUCACCAAUAGAAUUAGCAUUGAAAAUGUUACAAGAAGAAUUAGUAUCAGCAUCGAAAAUAUCGGCUAUACAUUGUACAAAUAUUGGUUCGAAAACAAUCAAACAACAACCAUCAUCGAUUUUUGUUGAUUCGAAUGUUGAUAAUUUUUUCGAUCAAUUAUUGAUUGAAUUUGAUACCGAUAUCAAUAAUGAUAAUAAUCCACAAUCAAUUCCAUUACGUUUUGAUCAUAUAAAAUUUGGUCGUAUUGAAAUGGUUACCGAACAUUCGAAUGAUAAUGAUGAAAUAAUGAUGGAUGAUAAUACAAUUAGUAGUAGCAGCAGCAGUGGUAGUAGUGGUGGUGAAAGUCAAUCAAGUACAGAUUCCGAUUCAACAAUUGUCAACGCAGAAUAUAUUCAUCAUCCUAAUCAUCCUAAUUAUCAUCCGAAUCAUCAACAACAACCAUCACCAACGGCUAUUAAACAACGUUAUCGUUUAGCACAUUUAAUGCCAUUUGGUUAUGCAUUACUUGGAUGUGAUUUAGAUGAAAUUUAUUUUCUUGGUACUGGUACCGGUACUGUUACGAUUCCAUCAACGACAAUUGAUCCCAACGAUAAUGAUAAUAAACAACAACAACAAAGAUUUUCGAAAACAAAUAUAGAAAAAUCAUUAAGAAUUUAUUUUAAAUUAAUGGAUAAAACAAAAAAUUUAAAAAUCAAUAUGGAACAAUGGCAUCAUCAAAAUCCAUUAGAUACACAAACAAUGUUAUUGAAACAAAAAACAAUUGAUCCAAAUUUAUUUGAACAAAAUGAAUUGGUGGUACGUUUAUUAUUAGAAUUUUAUACAAAUUAUAAUAAUCGAUCCAAAUGUUGUUAUCGUCAAAAAUCAAGACGACGUCAGAAAUGUCAGAAUUGUUAUAUGGUUAGAAAAUUUAUAUUUCAGUUUUUACAACAAGAACAUCAAACCCUUUUGGAACGUUUUCAACCAUUACAACAAGAAUUUACUGAACUUAUUGAUUCAGCUAGAAAAGAAUCACGAAGACGUUUUAAAUUUGGUGGUCUAUUUUUACUUAGUGCUCAAUUAGGUUUUGUUGGUCGUUUAACUUAUUUUGAAUAUUCAUGGGAUAUUAUGGAACCAGUUACAUGGAUAAUGACAUAUACAACUAUGGUUGGUUCAUUUGCCUAUUAUAUAAUAACAUCGGAAGAAUAUGUUGUACCGGGUGUUGAAAAACGUAUGAUUGCUGCACGUUUUUGGAAAUUGGCUAAAAGCCGACAAUUCGAUGUUAAACAAUAUAAACAAUUAAAAGAAGAAAUUAAACAAUUAGAAAAACGUAUUGGAAAAUUACGUGCCCGAUUUUAAGAAAAUUUAAGAAAAUUUCCUUUUCUCUUUUCUCACUUGAUCGACCUUAAUAAUGAUGAUGACGAUUGGGGACCAUAUAUGCUUU